AUGUCGGCGCCGACGACCGUCAAGGAGGCCGUCAAGGAGUCCCUCCUUGGCAUCGACGAGCCCUCGGAGCUCACGGCCAAGAACAAGGCCGCCUUCGUCAGCGGCGCGACCAAGGACCCUGCCACCGGCGAAUUGUACAUGACGGAAGAGCAGUUCAUCGACGCCAUUGCACCGCCUGAUGAGGACUAUGGCAAGAUCAAGCGCGAGCAGUACGGCCUCCUCUUUCGCGUUGCCGACCGCAAGGACUCCGGCCGGGUGAGUCUCGCCGACUGGGGCGCUUUCCACAACCUCCUCUUCAAGGCCGACGCCGAGUACGAGAUCGCCUUCCGCCUCUUCGACGUCGACCGCACCGGCAGCGUCAAGUACGACAACUUCCGCCGUCUCUACGAGCUCAACAAGGGCGCCGACAGCAUCCCCUUUGACUGGGAGUGCCAAUGGGCAAAGCUCUACAUCGGCGACAAGACUCGACGCCACGACCUGACCUACCAUGAGUUCUCGCAGAUGCUGCGCGGCCUGCAGGGCGAGAGGAUCCGCCAGGCAUUCCUCAAGUUCGACAAGAACGGCGACGGCUAUAUCGAGCCCGAGGACUUCGAGCGCAUCAUUCGCGAGACCUCCAGGCACAAGCUGUCGGACCACCUGCUGGACAACCUGUCGACUCUCUGCAACAUCUCUCUCAGCAGCAGGGUUUCGUAUGCCAACGUCAGAGCCUUCCAGAACAUGAUCAAGGAGAUGGACCUGGUAGAGCUCAUCAUCCGCAAGGCCUGCCAGAAGAGCGUCGACGGCAAGAUCACCAAGGCUGAGUUCCUUAACGAGGCUGCCAAGAUCACCCGCUUCUCUCUCUUCACGCCCAUGGAGGCCGAUAUCCUGUUCCACUUCGCCAGCCUGGAUGAGCCCUCGGGCAGGCUGAGCUUGUUGGACUUUGCAAAGGUCCUGGACCCGACCUGGAGGUACCGAGGCUAUUCGGACGAGGCCCUGGCGACGUCGGGAGCCAAGAGCAAGACCCAGGUGGCCCUGCACCAAGUCGCCGAGUCGGCGUAUCACUUCCUCCUGGGCAGCGUCGCCGGUGCCUUUGGUGCCUUCAUGGUCUACCCCAUCGAUCUCGUCAAGACCCGGAUGCAGAACCAGCGAGGCGCCAACCCGGGCCAGCGCCUCUACAACAACUCCAUCGACUGCUUUAGAAAGGUCAUCGCCAACGAGGGCUUCAAGGGUCUGUACUCGGGAGUUGUGCCGCAGCUGGUUGGUGUUGCCCCGGAGAAGGCCAUCAAGCUCACAGUCAACGACCUUGUCCGCACUGCCUUCACCGAUAAGAAGACGGGCAACAUUUGGGUGGGCCAUGAGAUUCUGGCUGGUGGUUCGGCCGGUGCCUGCCAAGUUGUCUUCACCAACCCUCUGGAAAUCGUCAAGAUCCGACUGCAGGUCCAGGGAGAGGUUGCCAAGGCCGCUGGCGCGGAAAGGCGCUCGGCUAUGUGGAUUGUUAAGAACCUCGGACUGACAGGACUCUACAAGGGCGCCAGUGCCUGUCUGCUCCGCGAUGUCCCCUUCUCGGCAAUCUACUUCCCGACCUACAGCCACUUGAAGAGAGAGGUCUUUGGCGAGUCACAAACCAAGAAGCUCGGCAUCCUACAGCUUCUCACCGCUGGUGCCAUCGCUGGUAUGCCUGCCGCCUACCUGACGACACCUUGCGAUGUCAUCAAGACCCGCCUACAGGUCGAGGCCCGCAAGGGCGACACCAACUACACCGGUCUCCGCCACGCCGCCCAGACCAUCUGGAAGGAGGAGGGCUUCCGGGCUUUCUUCAAGGGCGGCCCGGCCCGUAUCCUCCGAUCUUCUCCCCAGUUCGGUUUCACACUUGCCUCGUACGAGGUUCUCCAGAGUCUGCUGCCUUUCCCCGGAAGCAAGCAGGCCGAGCAGGUUCACACUGGUGUUGCCGAAGUCGUCUCGUCCAUCAGGGAGAAGGACGUCGCUUCGCCGCAUGCCCGCAGCCGCAAUGCUCUCAAAAUCAUCCUUGAUCUGGACGAGAACUUUGGCCGCGUCAAGCUUCCUGACCACAAGGCAUGGAAAUCGAUGCCGUCCAUCUUGGGCGGUGGUGCCAAGGCAUGA